AUGAGCAGAAUAUCUGGACAAGCAUUUGCUUAGUCAUAUGUUGAGCUACACAAAGUUAGGAGUGUGCAGUUUGGUCUGCUGAAUCCAGACGAGAUUCACAAGAUGUCUGUUGUAAGCAUCACAAACGAGAGAAUCUAUGACGACAGAGGAGCGCCCAACUUCAAUGCCAUUAACGAUACAAGAAUGGGAACUAUGGACAAGGAACUCAAAUGCUAGACUUGCAAAGGAACAUAAGUUGAUUGUCCGGGUCAUUUCGGGCAUAUUGAACUUGCCAGGCCAGUUUAUCAUGCUGGAUUGCUUGAGUUUAUCAGAAAAGUCCUCAGAUGUUGUUGUUUCUAUUGCUCAAGGUUGUUGGCGGACAAAAACAAACUCGAAGAAAUUAAGAGACUCAAGAGUUCAAGCGCCAAACUUGCAAGAGUUUUAAAGCUCAGUGAUGGAGUCAAAGAAUGUGACCCUCAGCAGAACGGUUGCGGACACAGACAACCCAAAUUCCAAAAGACCGGAUUAAGAAUCUAAGUCGAGUACUUUGAUGAGCAGUAUGAUCCCGGCAAAGAUAGAAAACAAAUUUUGCAAGCAGAUGAAGCACUCAGAGUCCUUGAGAGAAUCACAGAUGAAGAUUGCGAGUUAAUGGGUUUCAACCCUAGAAUAUCUAGACCUGAAAAUAUGAUAAUCAAAAACUUAGCAGUUGCUCCUCCUCCAGUUAGACCUUCAGUAUCAAUGAGUAACACAAUGAGAAGUGAAGAUGACUUGACGUAUUGCUACUAAAAGAUUCUCCAGACUAAUAUUACCCUCCAGAAUCAAAUUAACAGAGGAGCCAAUAUGACAACUAUCAACGAGUUGAGAACCAAUCUUCAGUACUAUGUGGCAACUGUAAUGGACAACGAAAUUUAAGGACAGCCAACACAAAAGCAUAAAUCUGGAAAGCCUCUCAAAGCAAUUAGAGCCAGACUUAGAGGUAAAGAGGGACGUCUUAGAGGAAAUCUAAUGGGUAAAAGAGUCGAUUUUUCAGCUAGAACUGUCAUCACUCCAGAUCCAAAUCUCUAACUCGAUUAGCUUGGAGUCCCUCAAUAGAUUGCUUUGAACCUGACAGUUCCCGAGACAGUCACCAAUGAAAAUAUCGACGAAAUGAGAAAACUCAUUGAAAGAGGUCCAAAUAUCUGGCCCGGCGCUAAGUACAUUAUCAGGCAUGAUGACAGACAGAUAGAUCUGUCUUAAAUGAGAAACAGAUCUGAAGCUACCAUUCAUCCAGGCUUUAAAGUUGAGAGACAUCUCAGAGAUAACGAUUAUGUUAUCUUUAACAGACAGCCAUCUCUACAUAAAAUGUCUUUGAUGGGUCAUAGAGUCAAAGUGCUACCAUUCUCUACUUUCAGACUUAAUCUAAGUGUAACUACUCCUUACAAUGCUGACUUUGAUGGUGAUGAAAUGAAUAUGCAUGUACCGUAGAGUUAUGAAACAAUGGCUGAGAUCAAAGAAAUUAUGGCUGUACCAAAUCAAAUUGUCUCCCCUCAGUCAAACAAGCCCGUUAUGGGUAUUGUGCAAGAUUCCCUUCUUGGAGUCAUGCUUUUCACACUUAAAGAUACCUUCAUUGAGAAAGAACUUGUGAUGCAAUUGCUUAUGUGGGCUAAAUACGAGGAUGAUAAAUUCCCUAUGCCAACAAUUCUUAAACCAAGACCACUUUGGACAGGAAAACAAAUUUUCUCAUUAAUUAUUCCUGACAUAAAUCUGCAAAAGGUCGGCGAGAAAAAGGGUCUAAUUUGGGACAGUGCUGGUGAUCUCAACAUUUUAAUAAGAAAGGGAGAACUAAUCUGUGGUAAUUUGACAAAGGGAACUAUUGGUUCCUCAUCUGGCGGUAUGAUUCAUAUCAUUUGGAAGGAAAAAGGGCCAUAUUGUUGCAGAGAUUUCCUGUCAAAUACUCAAUUGAUCAUCAAUAACUGGCUGCAUUAAAAUGGUUUCACAGUAGGAGUUUAGGAUAUCAUUGCUAAGAAAGAAAUCGUCUAAAAAAUCAGAGACAGUAUGACUAAGUUCAAAAGAGAUGUGACCAAGAUUUAACAAAAGGCUCAACUCGGUAAACUCAAGUCUCAGCCAGGUAAGAGCAUGAUGGAGAGUUUCGAAGCAUCUGUCAAUCAGUGUCUAAACAAAGCCAGAGAUGAUUGCGGUAACAUGGCCUUGGCUGAUUUGAGUUCAUGGAACAGACUAAAGGCUAUGGUGUAUGCCGGUUCAAAAGGUUCUAACUUGAAUAUCUCACAAAUUAUGGCUUGCGUCGGCCAACAAAAUGUGGAAGGUAAACGUAUUCCUUUUGGUUUCUACAAAAGAAGUUUACCUCAUUUCUCAAAAGAUGAUUUCGGCCCAGAGAGUAAAGGAUUCGUUGAAAAUUGCUAUUUGAACGGUUUAACUCCUUAAGAAUUCUUCUUCCAUGCUAUGGGAGGUAGAGAGGGACUUAUCGAUACUGCAGUCAAGACUGCCGAAACUGGCUAUAUUUAAAGACGUCUCAUAAAGGCUCUUGAAGAUGUGAUGGUCAAGUAUGAUGGUACAGUCAGAACCUCUAAAGAACAAAUCAUCUAAUUCCUUUAUGGAGAAGACGGUAUGGCUGGUGAGCAUAUUGAAGAUCUCACUAUCAAUCUCCUCAAGAUGAAAAAUACCGAUGUUCAAAAUAAGUGCAAGUUCCUUCACAAACCCAAGCCAAACAUGAGUGACAAUGAACUAGAGCAGCACCUUAGCAAGUUUAUGGAUAGAGAGUAUGCUGAGAGAAUUAUAAGAGACCCAGAGAUCUGCCUGCAACUGGAAAAUGAGUACAAGCAAAUUAUCCAAGAUAGAGAUGAUCUUAGAUUCACCAUCUUAAAAUCUUAAGAGGAUGCUGUCCAUUUGGCAGUCAAUGUCCCAAGAAUCAUUUGGAACGCAAAGGAGCAAUUUUCAAUCAGACCAAACCAGAAGUCUAAUCUUGAACCAACUUAUGUUCUCAGUAGACUCUAAAACUUAAUGGAUGAUCUAGCUCCAAUUCCAGGUGUUAUGAUACACAAAGAUCCAUUGAUUCUCGAAGCCAAUAGUGAUUCUACCUGGCUUUUCAAAAUAUAUCUGAGAUCACUACUAAAUACAAAAGCUGUAAUUCAGCAAGAGAGACUAAGCAAAGAUGCAUUUAACUGGAUUCUCGGAGAAAUCAAGUCAAGAUUCGACUAAGCUCUCGUAAACCCAGGUGAAAUGGUAGGAAGUAUCGGAGCAUAAAGUAUGGGAGAACCAGCCACUCAGAUGACCCUAAACACUUUCCAUUUUGCUGGAGUCUCAGCUAAGAAUGUGACGCUCGGUGUGCCUAGAUUGAAGGAAAUCAUCAAUGUUGCUAAGAACAUCAAGACCCCAUCAAUGAAAAUUUUCCUUAAAGAUAAGGAUAAGCAAGAUGAAAGAAUCGCGACAAUUAUUGGAGGAAGAAUCGAGCAUACUACUCUCUGUCAUGUUGUCAAAAGCUCAGCUAUCUACUACGAUCCAGAUCCUGAAAGAACUAUCGUUAGAGAGGACGAAGAGUUGAUAAGAUUGUACAAUGAAGUGAGAUUGUUUGAAACUGAGAGAAGAAGAACAUCUCCAUGGGUCCUCAGAUUUGAACUCGACAAUGAUAAAGUGCAAUUCAAGGAUCUCUCUAUGCAGCUAAUUGAACAAAAGAUUAAUGAUAUCUUCAGAGACUAGAUUGAUGUGGUUAAGUCAGAUGAAAAUGCUGAGAAACUUGUUUUAAGAUUGAGAGUAAAUGACAUUGAAGAUGAUGAAGAGGAUAGAACUGUCUGCAUGUACUUAAAAGGUUUCCAGGAUGAGCUAUUCAAUGAUUUAGCUUUGAAAGGUCUUCAUGAAAUCUCUAAGGUUACCUUCACAAAGUACAAUGAUGAGAUCUUUGACGCAGACACUGGAGAAUGUAAAUAGGACAAAGAAUGCUGGUUGAUUGAAACUGAUGGUGUCGCACUUUAAAAGGUACUAGGUCUUGAAGGCAUAAACUAUAAGAAAACUGUAUCAAAUGAUAUCAUUGAAAUUUUGAGGGUACUUGGAAUUGAGGCUGUUCGUAUGUCAUUAAUUAAUGAACUCCGUUUUGUGCUAUCAUCUUAUGGUAUUUAUGUCAACUAUCGCCAUUUAUCUACACUUUGCGAUGUAAUGACACAAAGGGGUAUUCUAACUGCUAUCACUAGACAUGGAAUAAACAGAGUGGACUCAGGUCCAUUAAGAAAGUGCUCUUUUGAAGAAACUGUGGAAAUAUUGCUUGAAGCAGCAGUAUUUGCAGAGACUGAUCCUCUGAAGGGUAUUACUGAAAAUAUUAUUAUGGGUCAGUUGGCACCAUUUGGUACUGGGUGCUUUGAGAUUACGAUUGAUCCUCAAGUACUUCAAGAAAAUGCUCAAAUUAAACCAGAGGAAGAAGACUACAUUGGAGGAUUUACCCCUAUUUAAGACGAAAUGUCAAAUGGAAAUGGUCUUGAAAUGUACGGAAUAAACACCCCACUGGUUAUGAAUACUCCUCAUAAUGACUAUGGUGGUGCAUCAACUCAUUCAAUGUGGACACCUGGUAACUAAGGGUCAUUCUCCCCAUCACCAGGAGUUUAUUCUCCAGGAUAUGCAUAGUCACCUGGCUACAUGAGCCCUGGUCAGCAGUUUAUGAGUUCUCCCAAUUACAGAGCAGUUUAAUCUCCUAUUUACAAUGCCAUUCAAUCUCCAAUCUAUCAUGCCACUGAAGGUGGUCCAGGAAGAUCUCCAGGGGGUAAUUAAGCAAGUCCAAUUUACUCUCCAACAACUUAGAACAAUAGAAUGAGUCCAAGUUACUACAAUAGUGUGAGUCCAGGUUACUACAGGACUCCAGGUGCAAGUUCUAGCCCUGUGUAUUCAUAAACUCUAGGUAGCCAUUAAAGUCCUAGCUACAGUCCAACUCAGAACCAAGGCUCAGGCAGCUAUUCUCCAACAAAUCAGAAUUACUCUAGUAGUCCACACUAUUCCCCAACUACGCCUGCCUAUAAUCAGCAUUACAGUCCAUCUUACUCUCCAACUUCUAAUGUAGUCGGAUCUGGGUUGAAUCAAACACCAAGAUAUUAGAUUAACCAAUCAUCUCGCUAUGCUAUGGACUCUGCUCAUUAAUCUGGAUCACCAUCUGGAAACACUGCUUCUGGUUUGUAUGUCCCAACCUCACCAGCUUACAACCCCACUACUAGCCCUGGCUACAAUAUGAGUAGUAGAUAGAACAACCCAACCUAUGGCGGAGGAAGUCCAAUUUAAGAUGAUGAAAGCUCCGAUAAAAAUAAAAAAUGA